AAAAUGUAUUUCAACAUUUGGACCAGUAGUAUAGAUAUAAAAGGUUUUCAGGGUCUCUCGAAACGAACUUGAUGAUGUUUUGGUUGUUGUUAAAGCAAAAGCAGAAUGCAAAAGCGGUCGAUUCAUAUAAAAGUAGUUGUAAAUGUUGUUUUGUUCGUGCGCGUGCAGGUGAAUCUGAAGGAACAGGGCCAGCUGAUCCGUCAGGACGAGUUCCUGCUGACCUUCAGGAAGAAGAAAUGCUACCGUCACAUCUUUCUCUUCCAAGACCUCAUACUCUUCAGCAAGACGCGCAGAACCGAUGUUGGCAGUGACACGUACAUCUACAAGCAGUCCUUCAAGACCUCAGACGUCGGCAUGACCCACAACUCGGGAGACAGCGGGCUGUGUUUCGAGAUCUGGUUUCGAAGGAGGAAGUCUCAGGACACGUACGUCCUUCAGGCAGCGAGUCGAGACGUGAAGGAGAGCUGGACCAGAGACCUGGAGCGGAUCCUGUGGGAACAAGCUGUCCACAACAGAGAGGUCCGUAUGCAGGAGAGGGUGUUCAUGGGAAUCGGUCAUAAACCCUUCAUGGACAUCCAGCCCAGUGAGAUGGCCAUCAAUGACCGAGCCAUCAACUGUUCUCCCACGGGACGAGGUGGGAUUCCUGUCCUCCGGCUAAAUUCUGUCGGCUCGGCCAGCUGUACGUCAUCCUCUGGAAGCCGUUCGUCGUCGUCGUCCGGCUGGGGAUCUCCUCCUCCCGUGGGUCAGCUGAUCGGCCCUAACGGAGAUGUUGUCCGGUACGUCCAUGGGACUUCAGGGAUCCUGGAGGAAGAUGAUUUAGACCAGGAGAGCGUAAACCAGAGUACACUGGGUAUGUCCUUCUUCACAAAAUAA